GUGUUAUAAUUGUCCUAUUCUUUAAAGCCAUGAGACAAACUCCUAAUCCAUCGCAAGCUCGGGUGCCAACUCCUACUUGGGCUGGUUAUGGUUUCAGCAAAUCGUCGCGCCAGACUUCGACAUCCGAAAAGGGAUUAUUUUGCGAUACGCCGGAUUCAACUACUUCCAUUAAGAAUGGGACCCAUCAACGCCGUAGUCCGUGGGAUGACCCUAUUUCUUCUGUGAAAAAUGGACCAGACUUUGGCUUCAGUAGCAAUUUGAUUGACUCUGUCUCGUCUUUACCGAAACCCAGCGUUGCUGCUGCUGCUAAAGACCUUUCUACUCUAUUGCAUUCCAUGGGACUCACUAAAUAUAUCGAACUUUUCGUUGAACACGAAAUCGACUUGGAAUUGUUUAAAACUCUGACGGAGAAUGAACUUCGUGAUCUUGGCAUUCACGCCUUUGGCGUGCGCAGACAAAUGCUACUCACUAUUGCUGAGCUGAACAAGAAGACCGUAUUUUCUGGAAGCGCUGCUCCGGGAGCCGAGCGUCGUGCUGCCGUAGCAUCCAAGGACGUUUAAAUUUAUUGCAAGUUGAAACUUUUCAGAUUGUUUGAAUUAAAUCCUUAUUUUUUCAUAGCAGCGGAAUCUCUUCCUUCUUCUGUCCUUCCGAUUAUUUAUUGCUAAUAACGGUUUGCCUCUUUGAUUUUUUCGAUCGAUAUAAGCACAACGCGUCACUCCCCUUCUAUCUUUUGAUAUUUGAUAAUUCCAUUUUGUUUGCCAUUUCCUCUUUAAUCUUUCCCACCAUCUACACACUUCUCUUGGUGUGACUUAUAUAUAUAUUGAAAAUUUUUGAUAAUAUUCUCACACUCUUAAUUUAAAAAAAAAUCACCAACGAAAAGAAAAUAAAGAAAAAAAAAUAAUAAGUGCACACGUUUGGCUCUACUAUGACGACUUUUUUACUCCACUCCAAACUUGAAUACCUUGAUCUUUGUGAACUCACCUCUAGCUUUUUUUCACGCUCAUAAAUACUCCCAAGUCGUUUUCUAUUCAACUUAACCCUCUAGAUCCCUAAAAAUACUUCGAUAAGACCAAAAGAAUCCUUGACUUCUUUUUUCUGCUCUCCUUUUUUACGCAUUGGGCUGUGUAAGAACACUCAAUUUUGCACGAAUGUUUUUCAUAAAGGAUUGAUUGUAAACUUGUGUUAUCUCAAGUCGAUGGAUGAUGUAUUUUUUUGUCACCUGCCACCCAUUUUUUGAACUUUUAUUGCUAUUACCUAAUUUUUUGCAUGUUGUCUUGUUGAUUAAGGCGCCAUGACCGAUAGCGUGUUAUUGGCCUUCCCUUUCUCACAUGUUGAUUUAUUUCUACUUUGUACACUUGGUGCGCUCUUCCUUCACAAUUUUUUUGCAAGGUAAAAAAAAAUACAAGCAGUUAAAGCAUAAA